AUGUCAGAGAACAUUAUUUAAAAUGAGAGGAUCAGAUAAUAUUAGAAGGUGCAUCAGCUAUAAAAGGAGUAACUCCAAAAAUUAGUUUUUUAGAAAUCCUACUCCAUCAAAUCUGCUUCUAUACUCUUAGACAUUAACUAUGCUACUGCUAAAUCUAUUAUAGCAAAAAUUCGAAAAUCAAAAAUAAGAAAAAAUUACCUAAUCAACAAAAAAUUGAGACAGUCUCACUUUAAAAAAAUAGAAUACUCUAAAUCUUAAUUAGAAAUCAAAUCUUUAGUCUCAGGUUUAUUGAUUAGUGAGUGUAUUUAUUAAUUAUAAUGA